AUGACCUCCGCCCCUGCCGGCAGCCACCUGUCCCACCGGGCUGGAUCCCGUUCGGGGGGCCACUGCUACCGUCUGGUCGGCCCGAAGCGGACGAGGGCGGACGCCGCCGCUGUCUGCCAGAGAGACGGCGGGCAACUGGCCAGCAUCCAGAGUCAGGACGAGAACGACUUCAUCACCACGCUGGCGUUCCGCUCCGGCACCGACUUCAGCGACUGGACGUCCCGCUACGCCUGGAUCGGCGCCGGGCGUGCGGACCCGACCGCCGCCUGGGCCUGGGCCGACUGCGACGCCUGGACGAUGGCACGCUGGCACGGCGGCGACGCCGACGACAGUUCGCGCACCACCGGCACGUGCGCGGCCCUGCUCUACACGGGCCGCUGGCGGGACGACGUCAACUGCGAGCGUGGCGCCUUCAGCUCGGUGUGUGAACUGGACCCGUGCCGAAAGCAGUUCGGGCCCGCCGACCGAUCCGGCUGCCGCACCGGCAAGGUCACGGAGGUCACCGAGCCGCCGCCGAAAGUCACCAGGCCGCCGCCGAAGGCUACCGAGCCGCCGCCCACGUCAGCACCCGUGAAAAAGGAGCGCUUCAUCUGCCCGCCGGACUGGACGCAGCUCGAUGACUAUUGCUACAAGGGAGUGAUCGAGCCGGACACGUUCAUCGGCGCCCUGCAGACGUGCACGGUCACCUUCAGCCCGGCGCACGUGGCCAGCGUGCACUCACCGCGGGAGAACCGGCUGCUGCUCGAGCUGACCGGCGGCGGCCCCAGCUGGCUCGGCCUCACCUCGGCCUACGACUUCCCACGCUGGCGCUGGCUGGACGGCUCGCCGGACGGCGACUUCACCGCCUGGGCCGGCCGGCAGCCGGACACCACCGCCGCCAACAUGAAGGGGCAGGAGCAGUUACGCCUGCCGCCUGCCGGCAGGUACGGGAAGCUCGGCGCGCCGGCCGACUGCGGCUCCAGCUCCACAGUGCGUGUGGUCGCUGAGCCGACCUGCCCAGACCCCACCAACUGGCGGGAGGAGGCCGGCUCCUGCUACGCCUUCCACCGGGACGGCCAGAACUACCUGAAGGCGCGCGUCGCCUGCGCCCGCAUGGCCGGCAGCGACUUCGGCGUCCGGCUGCCCGUGGUGGAGAACGCGCUGGAGGACACAGCGCUGCAGACGCCGCUGCAGCAGGCGGGCACCAAUCACCAGGCUUCUAAGCCCCCACGCGGCCCCCAAUGA